GUCUAUAUCAAUCUCGCGCCGGGUGCGCCGUGACGUUGGCACGAAAAUAACGCAGUCUCGGCGCAGCGUAGCAUUCAUAUGUAUUCGUGUCAAUUUUCGUUCGCUGUGGUUAUGUCUUGUGACGAGAUCCGAGACUCAGGUGACCGUGAUCAUAUCAUUUUUUUCCUUUCCGGUGCGCAACAAGAAUCGUCACCAUCGUCACGGUCGUUCCUACUCGUCGCGUGUUAAAUCUACUUUUCCCCUUUCCCUCUAUCUCUUUCCUUCUCUCUUAUUCUCCCCCGCUGAGCUAUUUUCACACGCGCGCGUUUUCGGAAGGGGGGGGGGGCGACUACCCCGGACAGUGAAAUAUGUGUGUUCGUGCAACGCGAUAACACUCGGAAAAAUAUGUCAGCGGGCAUCACGGAUCCGAACGGGACUGUCACGCGAGUGGAACACACACACGAUGGCUACCUCAUCGAUGAAGUCGACUAUAUCAACCUGUCGGACCUGCAGUUCGAUGAUGACGACGACGUUUGGUUAUAUAUGCCUCUGCAAUGCUCAACUGGAUCUACAAUUCAGGAUAUAUAUGUCUGGCUGAAGACAGAACCGGAAUUGGAUGUUCGAAAUAACAAAAAAUGCAUCGACACGAGAACAUUCACGAGAUCUAAGAAACGAUCAGCUCGAAUGAGCUUUGAAUCGAUUUUCGAGGGACUACCGCCUUCUACAACAGAUGUACAGAAACUGCAAGAUAUAGAUAUUACAUACACAGAAAAUGUGGAAAAAUAUUUACCUGCAAUAAUUAGAGAUAAAGAAUCUGUGCCACCGAUCUUGAAGCCGUCCACCAAAACGGUUUUAAAUAUGUUAUCCGACGAAAUCUCAGUAACAUCAGGGCAGGAAAGCAUGGAAGCUUUCUUAAACAUGUCACAAUCCAAAGGAAUAGAUUCAUUUAUAAAUUUAGGAGAACCCGAGUUCAGUGAUAUGUUGAUGAACAUAUCACAGCCUUCUAUUUUGAGUGCAUCUGUUAUCACAAACGAGUCCAUAUUUAUUAAAAACAACAUAUCAGUAAUAAAUAAAAACAUGGCUCAAAACAGCGACAUGGAAAAAAGCUCAAACUCUGACGAUAUUAAUAAUGAAACAUAUGUGAUGCAAAACUCUGACAAAACAAUUACACCGGACAAAAUUUAUUGCACAAAUAAUCUAAGCAACACCUGCAAAGAAUUUCUUCAACUCGAUAAAGUCUUGAACGAGACGUAUAAUGCAGCUGCUCUUAGUGGAACAUCAGCAAGAUCGAGUCUCGACAAACAAGAGACCACUUUGUCUUCCACUUUUGUAACCGAACCUAAUGCUAAUUUCGUGCAAUUACAAAAUGAAGCAAGUAAUGGCAUUGAAUUACUAGAUACUACAUAUCUAUCUUCAGCAAAAGGCGUUAAGAGACUAAAUUCGCCAGUAUCGAUUGUUAACGAUGUACAUACGUACAUACCUACAACGCGCGUAAAUAAAGCAGAUUUGAAUGUAACAUGUGACAUUCUGCCAGAUAAAAUCGAAUCCGUAGCGCUUUUCACGCGUGAGACACUUGCGAAGGAGAGCGCUUUAGAUAUGUCUUUUAACGUGCCUGUGUAUAACCAAUCCACGCCAAUGAAUCCAAGUAUGCCGAAUGCAACAUCGAAAUUCGUUAUGAAACAUUUGGACCAGCCGCAACCAGUUGUGCAUCCCACGUUAAAAGCUCCCACGUCAUUAAGACGAGAAUUGCUGGCAGAGAUUCAACGAAGUGGCGAACGCAAGCUGGAUUCCACGUACAAUCAUAUUCCUAGCGAUCAUCCUAAUUUGAGAGACACCAAGGAAAAUGUUCAUAUAGGCUAUAAUGAAAAUGAGACUGACGGUUCUUCGACGAACAAAUACUACACGUACAAAAAGUCUGCGUUUACCAGGAUGACCAGUCAGUAUACAAGUCAGAAUGAAAUGACUGUAACCGCUCAAAAGGAAUUGCCAAUGGACCAACGUAAAUUUUACACUUUUACAAAGAAAAAUAACCCCAUCGGAAGAACUAAUAAUAUCGCUAGUGAGAACGUCGAGACGCAUCCAAGCAUGGAUAGCACGUUUUGUAAACCCCAUCUUCCGAAAAUACAGCAGAAAAGAAACGUACCGAGGGCGUUGUCAAAAUUGCCACAGUUCCUGCAGAAAUCCAAUCCCAAUCUUGUAUCGAGUUCGCUAAAGAAUGUCAGCGGUGUGCCUAUUGUUCGUACAAGCAUAUCCAGUAUAGGAUACAUCAAGGGCUCGCAAUCCAAUAUUAAGCAAAACAUCACAAAGAAGUCGCAGCUGCCGAGCAAGUUACAUCCGUAUGGCAAGAUGAAGAGCGGCUCCGAGCAACGGCUGCUCGAGGCCAAUGUGAAUACGAAUAAUCAGUUUCCGAUGAAAGAUGUGAUUGCUGGCUCGACAGAGAGCAUAGAGAGCACCCACAGCGUUCACAGCGCACCCGACCUGGAUGAUAGACUUAGUACAUGCUCUGACAGCAGUAAUCAUAAUUCGUGUAGCAAACAAACAAUGAAUAUUGAGCAAUUACAUCAAUUAGUGCGAAUGCAGGAAGAGAGUUUAAAGCAAGAUUUAUCACCCAAACCGAACAGACAAGUUUUAGAGAACACGUGGAUCGCAGAGAAAAAGGAUUUGCCUUCCCCAAUUUUGAAAAACGGUGUUCAACACAAUGAGAUUGAUGAACAUUUACUAAAUAAUGAUUUAAGUAUGAAAAGUAGCUCUCCGAUAAUCAGUCCUACUGGGUCUAGUCACGCAUUAAAUGAUGGAAAUGCCGAAGGUAACAUAGUAAAAACCAAGGAUGAAAUUGUAGUAGUUGAAAAGACAGAAAGUCCGAAUCAAGUAGUGCCUAAAACUGAGAAUAAGACUCGGUUGAGACAGCCGACCAACUGGAGCACCGGAAGCAAACCAGCUACUGUGAUAAGCGGAAUUCCUAGACCCGCCUCGCGUAUACCGGCUCUCAGAUUUGUUCGACCGAAUGCGAAAACCACUCAAAUCGAUUUGAGAAAAGGAUGCACGUGAAAU